AUGGCAACUGAAACAAUUGGGCUCAUUCGGACUGAGUUUGGAAUCCAUGACCACGAGUCUCAGUUUCGAAUGAGCAGAGGAACGGAGUUUAGACUUUACACCGACCUUGUUCACGGUCCUCAGUCAACUGCAACCAUCAAUGAGAAUGAACAAUUCACAUUGACAGAAAUUGGGACCACAGCUGACAGCUCCAAACCAGCUGGGAUUGACCAGUAUUUUGCUGGGAAAACCGGGGCAGUUGGCACUCCAAGCGAAAGCCUUGGAUGCCUUUUGCGCAAUCAAUUGCGGAGAAUUAUAACAUCUUAA